CCCACAACCCUAAUCGUAGUUAGUGUGUCAACAACCAUGUAUUCAUACACUUCGUAAUCUCAAUUUUUUAAAGUUUUAGAAUACUGUUCAUGUGUUUGUAGACACAGCAUUUUUAGUUUCUUUCACUGUCCCAUUUAGGCCUUUUGUUAGAUAAGAGAAAAAGUGCUGUAGGAGAGAACAUGUCCUCAAAAAGGGAAAGGGAAGCUGUUGAUAGAGUAGAGGAUGAAGGGCUUGAUAAUGAGUCAAAGAGGCAGAGGCCGGAUGAUGAUUCCUCCCCCUCUCCACCUCCUGUCUCCAUUGCAAAUCCUCUAUCUGGGUUGGCCAAUAAUUAUGCUGACAUUGAUGAGGAGGAAGAUUAUGUUAGAAGGGAAAGGGGUUCUGUUAAUGAGAGGAGGAAUGAUGGAUCCCAGCAUAAUGGACAUAGAUAUGGAGAGGCUGAUGAUAGUGAUGAAGAAGAUGAUUCACGUGAACAAUUUAGUGGAAGAAACAAUCGCCAGGUUGAGGUUCGGAAGGACUGUCCUUAUCUUGAUACUGUUAAUAGACAGGUUUUGGAUUUUGACUUUGAGAAAUUCUGUUCUGUCUCCCUGUCCAAUUUAAAUGUGUAUGCAUGUUUGGUUUGUGGGAAGUAUUACCAAGGGAGAGGGAAGAAGUCUCAUGCAUAUACACAUAGUCUGGAAGCAGGACACCAUGUUUAUAUCAAUCUCCGGACUGAAAAAGUCUACUGUCUUCCUGAUGGUUAUGAAAUUAAUGACCCUUCUUUAGAUGACAUUCGGCAUGUCUUAAAUCCAAGGUUGGUCCAAUUUUAUUUUUUGGCUGUGCUUGCUGCAGACAAUUUUUUAGCUACAUAUUUCUGUUUCUAUUGUCAUCAAUUAUUGGCUGGUGACAACAAUUAUAUUAUCACCUUUCGUUCAAUGUAUGUCACCAGUUGGCUGCUUAGAGAGUUUUUUUUUUUCCAUUUGUCUCCCCUUAGAAAAAUGAUUUUAAUCCAUUCUAGAAGGUCAAAAUUCAUGUUAUGGACCUCCCAAAAUCAAGUAAGUGUUUCUGCUUGAGGGUUGUGUUUAAAG